AUGAGAAACUACACCACAAUAACAACUUUUAUCCUGCUGGGACUGACUGAUGACCCACAACUGCAAAUCCUGCUUUUUAUCUUUCUAUUGCUCACCUAUAUCUUGAGUGUAACAGGGAACCUGACAAUUAUAACCCUCACAUUGGUAGACUCUCAUCUUAAAACGCCUAUGUACUUUUUUCUCAGAAAUUUCUCUUUCUUAGAAGUCUCAUUUACCACUGUCUGUAUUCCUAGAUUCCUAUAUAGUAUAUCAACUGGGGACAAUACUAUUACCUACAAUGCUUGUGCAAGUCAAAUAUUUUUUAUUUUUCUCUUUGGAGCAACAGAAUUUUUUCUCCUGGCAGCCAUGUCCUAUGAUCGCUAUGUUGCUAUCUGUAAACCCCUUCAUUACAUGACCAUCAUGAACGAUAGGGUGUGCACCUUAUUAAUCCUCUGCUGCUGGGUGUCUGGCUUGAUGAUCAUUCUCCCACCCCUGAGCUUGGGCCUCCAGCUUGAAUUCUGUGACUCCAAUGCCAUUGAUCAUUUUGGCUGUGAUGCAGGUCCCCUCCUGAAGAUCUCAUGUUCAGAUACAUGGGUACUAGAACAAAUGGUUAUCCUUGUGGCCAUAUUUGCACUCAUUAUCACCCUAGUGUGUGUAUUUCUGUCCUACACAUACAUCAUCAGGACAAUUCUGAGAUUCCCCUCUGUCCAACAAAGAAAAAAGGCCUUUUCUACCUGCUCAUCACACAUGAUUGUAGUUUCCAUCACCUAUGGCAGCUGCAUCUUCAUCUAUAUCAAGCCAUCAGCAAAAGAAGAGGUAGCCACAAAUAAAGGUGUUUCGGUGCUCACCACUUCUGUUGCACCCCUGUUGAACCCCUUCAUUUACACCUUGAGGAAUAAGCAAGUGCAACAAGCUUUUAAUGAUUUCCUAAAGAAGAUGACAUUUCUCUCAAAGAACCUGAAGUUUUGA